AAACGGACCCGCGGAGCUGGCGCUACUUCCGGGGAGGGAAAAAGAGUGAGCACCACCGGAAGCGAGGAAGGUGCUGUGUAAUAACUGCGGAGCUGAGGUGCUUGAAACUUCUAAAAUGCCGGAUUACCUAGGUGUGGAUCAGAGGAAAACGAAAGAGGAGGAGAAGGACGACAAACCUAUCCGAGCUCUGGACGAGGGUGACAUUGCCUUGCUGAAAACUUAUGGUCAGAGCACUUACUCUAGGCAGAUAAAGCAGGUUGAGGAUGACAUUCAACAACUUCUCAAGAAAAUUAAUGAGCUCACUGGUAUUAAAGAGUCGGACACUGGCCUGGCCCCACCAGCACUCUGGGAUUUGGCUGCAGAUAAGCAAACACUCCAGAGUGAACAGCCUUUGCAGGUUGCGAGAUGUACAAAGAUAAUCAAUGCUGAUUCGGAGGACCCGAAGUACAUUAUCAAUGUGAAGCAGUUUGCCAAGUUUGUGGUGGACCUCAGUGAUCAGGUGGCACCUACUGACAUUGAAGAAGGAAUGAGAGUUGGUGUGGACAGAAAUAAGUAUCAAAUUCACAUUCCACUGCCUCCUAAGAUUGAUCCAACAGUUACCAUGAUGCAGGUAGAGGAAAAACCUGAUGUCACAUACAGUGAUGUGGGUGGCUGUAAGGAACAGAUUGAGAAACUUCGAGAAGUAGUUGAAACCCCUCUACUUCAUCCGGAGAGAUUCGUUAACCUUGGCAUCGAGCCUCCCAAGGGCGUGCUGCUCUUUGGUCCGCCAGGUACAGGCAAGACACUCUGUGCUCGGGCAGUUGCUAAUAGGACUGACGCUUGCUUCAUUCGAGUUAUUGGAUCUGAACUUGUGCAGAAAUACGUUGGUGAGGGGGCGCGGAUGGUUCGAGAGCUUUUUGAAAUGGCCAGAACAAAAAAAGCCUGCCUUAUCUUCUUUGAUGAAAUUGAUGCUAUUGGAGGGGCUCGUUUUGAUGAUGGUGCUGGAGGCGACAAUGAAGUACAGAGAACAAUGUUGGAAUUGAUCAAUCAGCUGGAUGGCUUUGACCCUCGAGGCAACAUUAAAGUGCUCAUGGCCACUAACAGACCUGACACUUUGGAUCCAGCACUGAUGAGGCCAGGGAGACUGGAUAGGAAGAUUGAAUUUAGCUUACCUGAUCUUGAGGGUCGGACUCACAUUUUUAAGAUUCAUGCACGUUCAAUGAGUGUUGAAAGAGAUAUCAGAUUUGAGUUGUUAGCACGACUGUGUCCAAAUAGCACUGGUGCUGAGAUUAGAAGUGUCUGCACAGAAGCUGGUAUGUUUGCCAUCAGAGCACGGAGAAAAAUUGCUACUGAGAAAGAUUUCUUGGAGGCUGUAAAUAAGGUCAUUAAGUCCUAUGCCAAAUUUAGUGCUACUCCACGCUAUAUGACAUACAACUAAGCCCUGAAAGCUUUCAUGAAAUAUUUCUUUUAAUUGGAAUCCUAAGCUUAUAUAAACUUGGUAAUAACCAUUUCACACAACAAUAAAUGGUUUCAAAAUUA